UAGAGAAAGAAGUUUCGUUUGCCAAAAAGAAGCAAAAUGGCAGAUAAAUAUUCAUCAGAUCUUUGUCGAGUUGUGAUUGCUCAGAUUACGCAAACUAUAGGAUAUAGCAGCACUCUAAGUGCACCUUUGGAGCUUCUACAAGAUGUUAUGCAAAAGUUUAUGGACGAGUUUGCCCGUGACCUCCAUGGACACAUGGAACAUGCAAAUCGUCUUGAGCCUAGUGUUAAGGAUGCUCGUCACAGUUUUAAAAGUCUAAAUAUUAAUGUACAAGAGUUAUUGGAUUAUAUUGGUAAUGUAGAGCCAGUGGGUUUCACGCGCGAUGUACCGCUGUUUCCCAUUAAGAGGGCAUCGAAUAUGAACUUUUUGAAACCUGGCAGUGCCGAAACUCUGACGAGGCCUAUACACAUCUUUGAAUACUUGCCACCGAUGCAGGAAACUGAGUGCAGGGAGACUGAAAGGGCAGAGUUCACACAGAAACUAGAGGAUCUCUGUGCCAAUACAGAAAUUGUUGAUAAACUUGGCUGCUUUAAUCAUCAUAACAUAGAGUCCCAGUCUUCGAACCCAGCUACGUUGCAUUUCCCUUUAUCAAGCAAUAAUAAUAACGUUGAAUCAGAUCAGAACCGUUCUUCUAUGUGGGAACUGAGCAGUGUGGUGAUGACUACAGGCGGCUUUAUCAGUCCUGCUAUUGAAGGAAAACUACCAGAAACCGUUGUACCGGACAUAAUUGAGGAAUACAAAGGUCUAGAUGCACCGCCCAUAGCGGCGUUAAUUCCCACACCGUUGGCCUGCUCCCCCAAAUUAGAAACAACGUCAACUAGAAAGAUAAAGGCACCAUUGCCAGAACAAGAAAUAGAUAAUGAAAAGCAAAUAUCUGCAACAAUAACUGCAACAAAUGUUAAUUCGGAGCCAUCACUAUUUAAUAAUAAUAAUUUACCCACGCCCAAAGCAUCAACUAAGAAAAAUAAAAAACAGAAAGAUGACUUAAGCCGCGAUAAAACCGAUUCAAAAACCCAGGAAAAAGCCCAAAAAAAAGCCAUGAAGCUGUAUCAAAAAUUAGCAAAGAAUGAAAGCGAAGAAAGUAAAAUGUUUAAUUUGAAAAGGUCAAGAAAGUCAGCCGAUGGAAAUAGGGCACAACAACUCGAAAAGCUUAUGAGAAAAGAAGCUAAGCAAAGGCAAAAGCAAUUAAAAGGCCUAACAAUGGAAGAUAAAAGUCUAAAUUAUGUGGAAAAUCCAGAAAGUUUAAAUGCAAGUGUGAGUUUCAAUACAGGUAAUACAGAACUUGUUAAAAGUUUCACUGACCCGAUACCUGCUGUGCCUGCUAACCAAAAUGAUCACAGUUCAGGACUUAUUUUGGCAGAAGCUAAAAAGACUUGCGAGCCAGAACGUAAUAAAUUGGAUAUAUUCAAGAAAAUUACAAAGCAAAGAAUGGUUUUACCACCUAGCAACGCUUUUGGUAAACCCAUAAUAGCAGGAAACCCACCUGUAAUAAGCUUACCGUCUGGGACAACCAUAACUCCUACAAAUGCAACAACACCGUUGGCUUUACCUUUAAUUGCUUUAAAUCCAGAGACAACGAUAAGAAAUUGUAAUAUAACGGAGCAAAAACAAUCGUCAAAAGUUUACCCCAUUGACAUGUUAGUUAAGCCCAAGAAAAGGGGUCGGAAGCCGGGUGGAAAAAAUCAAAUAAAAUCAACAAAUCUCGCAGCAUCUCAAUCUUUAAUUAACUUGCCCAUUACCAAUUUAAUAAAUUCUGCAAACACAUCCAGUGAGCAGCCACUUAACCUAAGCAAUUUCACAGAUCAGACAGUGAAUUUAAUUUCCAAAAAUGUUAUAUUAAAAGAAAAAAAGGAAAGGAAAAAACUCAAAUUAAAAUAUGAAACUCCGACUGAUAAAAAUGCCAAGGAAGUCAAUAAGAACAUGGCGUACACUUCUCCCGAAAAAUUCUCUUCUUUAACAAAAAUGAAUGUAGUUCGUGAUCAGUUUGUCACGUCCCCAAACGCAACUGCUGCACCCAUGUACUCCGCCCAUCAAGGAGCAGCAGGGGCAGGUAUGGUAGCAAUGCCUUUACUGCCUCUCCUACACUUUCCGCCGCAACCGGGUUUGAUACCCACGGGGCCACCACCUGGGAUUUUCCCUGGAGUAGUACCUGGUCUGGUGGGAUUUGGUGGGGGAAACAAUGCGAACAAGGUGGGAAUGCCUCCGUUUUUUGCCUUCUCGGGUCCACCAGAUACUUCUGUUGCUGUCAAAAAUGAUGAUGCUACAAACUUGGAUCAAGUGAACUUGUUUGGGAGGAGGUCCUCCGAAAAUCGAAACUACUGCAAUGUUGCACCUUUAAUUCCGCCCGACACUAUGAAACUAACCGAAUGUGGCGAUGUAGCUUGUGUGCCUACAAAUGUGGACAAUUCAUAUACGAUGACGCUGCAAAAAAGUAAAGCUACUGGCAAUCUGGGCGACCCCAUUGAAGUCUCAGACGAAGAAUCCGAUGAAGCUAUAGACAAAAUAGAAACCCCGAAAUUAUUUGAAAACAAGUCCGAGUUGGAUUUAAGAAAUAUACUGCCUAUACCUGAUAAGGUUAAAAAUUUCAAGAGCCCCGUGAAAUUGAGCCUUGUAGGCUGUGCCCCUCCAACAACCAGCUCCACAUCCUCUAUUUCUUCCUCAUCAACAUUUCCGCCGCGAUUCGAAUUAUCCACUUUUAUGGGCGGCGGCGACAAGUUCAGUUUGGCAGGUGGAGCAGAUCUUAUUCCACUGUCACGCGUGGAUUGCGGCUCUGCAUAUUCCUCGCAAAAAGUUCCCUCCAAUAGCUUGACAGCUCAGCAUAAUACCAACGAUGAUCAUCAAUCGUUUUUGCCAAAGUUUCCGACAUACGAAGACAUUACCAUUAUACCAACCGGAGUAGUAUCUUCGACAGAUCUCAAGCAGCGCAAGCAUCACAAGAAGCUAAAGAAAAUAAAAGAGGGCAAGGUCAAGAAAAAAAAGGACAAGAAGGAAAAAACUAAAGAAAAGGAUCUUAUUUUGGGAGGCGGCAUAACGACCACAUCCGAAAAGAGUGACAAAAAAAAGAAGGAGAAGAAAAAGAAAGAGAAGCAACAGACCACAUCAAUAAUCCAUAUACCCGAUGAUGACGGGAAUGAGGGUUUGCCUUUAACGAACAACAUCGUCCAACAUGGCCCCGCUCCAAACCUUUUUGUGGGCACAACACCUGCAACUGCAAUUUCCCCAAAGUCGACUCCGACUCCUUCUCCAACACAGAUUCCAAAAUUAACGCUGAAACUAAGUGGGAAAUCCACGCCUUUGCCACUUCCAGUUGGUGAAACGAUGGAUAUAAAAACACCUCCGACUAUCCAACGGGAAAGAGAUCAUUCGCCGGAACUUGCUCGCUUCUCUCCACUGGUCACAGGUCCACCGAAAACGAAACAAUCUGAUACAAUCUCUGCAAUGGCAAUCGCACCUCCCCUAGGGAAUCUUGCAGGCUAUUCUCCUGCUAAUCCUACAGCUGUGCAGAUGCCUUCUCUGGUACCUAGUCCGACGAAUACAAGGACUCUACAUCCACCAAUGGCAUCAGCUCCAUCCUCCUGGAUGUCGAUCUCAAAUGACAGCACUAAUACACAUACCUCAGCUACGUGUACGCUCUCUGCCAACUCCGUUCUAUUGCCACAACAAUUAAUGCUGAUGACGACGCCUCCAAAACCAAAUAUAACUAAUUUUCCAUCAACGAACGUCGCAGCAGCAACCACCGGAAGAACGUCUUCAUCCAAUAGUCCCGCAGAAAAUCCCUCCCAAGUUUUGGAAACCAAAAAUCACCACCGACCUUCAUCCUAUGUGGAUGCCGAAGGCAAUCGAAUUUGGAUUUGUCCUUCGUGCGGUAAAGUGGAUGACGGUUCUGCCAUGAUUGGCUGCGAUGGCUGCGAUGCCUGGUAUCAUUGGAUCUGUGUGGGCAUAACCAUAGCUCCCAAGGACAACGAUGAUUGGUUCUGUCGUGUUUGCAUCACUAAAAAGAAAGUUGGGAGUUCGGAUAAAAAGGCAAAGAAACGAAAUAAGAAAAAAAUAAACUAAAAAGCUAAAAAAUGCAUAUUAAACA